UCCGGGGGAGCUGGAAGUCAUCUGGGGUUGAUUUCAAGGCAGGACAAGCUGUCAGAGCUCAGGGGCAGAGGUGUGAAGAGGGAGAGAAGGAAAAUGUGGGAGAAGAGGAAAACAAACAUGAGGCGGUGAGAGAAGGAUAAAUCCAGAGCUGGCCGGACCGUGGUGCUGGCGCGAAAGGAGUGGAUAAGGGUAGAGAAAAUCAAAGGCACAAGGGGGAAGAGUUGAAAACUGGAAGCAUGGGGUGCAUGCACAGCAGCGGCAGGAUGAAAGAAGACGGCCCGGGUACAGAUACAGGAGGAAUCCCCGUGAAGGCGGACCCUGAGGUGCAUCCUGGGAUCGUUCAGCUUUCACAGCUCACCAAGCCGACGAGUCACGCCUUCACAGCGAAGAGCUUCAAGAAACGACGGGUGUGUGACGUGUGCCAGCAGAACAUUGACAACCCGGGAGCUUUCUGCAAGGAGUGCAAGAUCGUGGUCCACAAGAUGUGUGAAGCAAAGGUCCCCACCGCCUGCAUCCCCGUGCCAGAUCUGCACAGCUCCACAAAGUCAGUGUCACAGAAGAAGAAGGGCUCCUUACCAAGGAGGAAAAGCGUUGAACAGGUGAUGGAACAUGUGAUGGAGGGGCACUACGACUUCGACCUCACUUACAUCACAGAGAGAAUCAUCUCUGUCUUCUUCGUACCAGACCUGGAGGAACAGAGGUACCGGCAAAACCUGCAGGAGGUGUCAUCCAUGCUCAAAUCUAAGCACCAGGACAAGUUUCUGCUUCUGAAUUUAUCAGAAAAGAGACAUGACAUCACCAGACUUAACCCCAAGGUGCAUGACUAUGCUUGGCCUGAUCUGCACGCCCCUCCGCUGGACAGGAUUUGUGCCAUUUGCAAGGCCAUGGAGACGUGGCUGACCUCUGACCCUCACAACGUCGUGGUUCUCCAUUGCAAAGGAAACAAAGGAAAAACAGGGGUGAUAGUGGCGGCUUACAUGCACUACAGCAAGUUCUCAGCUGGAGCAGACCAGGCUCUCACGACGUUGGCCAUGAGGAAGUUCUGCGAAGACAAAGUCUCUUCCUCCCUGCAGCCCUCUCAGAGCAGGUACAUCUACUAUUUCAGCAGCUUGCUGUCGGGUUCCAUCAAAAUGAACAGCAGUCCUCUGUUCCUUCAUCAGAUCCUUGUUCCCUCAUUACCAAACUUCCAGUCAGGAGGAGGUUUUUAUCCUUUUCUGAAAAUCUACCAGUCCUUACAGCUGGCUUACACCUCCGGUGUCUAUGAUCCUCAGAGCUCUAGAGCAAGAAAACUGUGUAUGACCAUGGAGCCAGCUCUACUAUUAAAGGGUGACAUUAUGGUGAAGUGCUACCACCGACGGAGCCGAGCGGCUGAGAGGGAGGUCGUGUUCAGAGUCCAGUUCCACACCUGCACAGUUCACGGAGCACAGCUGUGGUUUGGAAAGACGGAACUAGACCUGGCCUGCACCGAUGACAGAUUCCCUCCAGACGCUACAGUGGAGUUCAUCUUCGCAAACAGUCCAGAAAAACUCAAAGGUCGAGAAUACCGCAAGAACGACUCUUCUGUUAAAGUAGACUACAAAACCUCAGACCCAGUGGUCAGAUGGGAUUCCUAUGAAAACUUAAAUCUUCACCAUGAAGACAGCACGGAAAAUAUCGCUCACACAAGAGGCCCUCUAGAUGGCAGCUUGUAUGCACAAGUGAGGAAGCGACGCGGACCAGGUGCAACUUCCUCAGCUGCUUCGCCAAAUGGAUGCCUUACUAGCAGCCCAACUGUGAAACCCCAGACCCAGUCUGCCUCCAGACCACAACCAUUCGCAUUCAAUUGUAGUCCCAGAGGCUCUGCAGUCUCUUCAGAUCGACUGAGUGAAACAUCUCUGUCGAUUGACUGUUCUGAGAGAGAAGACCCUGACUGCCCACUGAGGAAAGAAGAUGUGGAAGAUAAGGCAAAGGAGAAGAGGAGACAGAGAGAGAGGGAUAGAGAAACAGCAAUUUUGGAUGAUGGAGAUCCUUCAAGUCCGGGGGUUAUGAGACAAGAGCACUCCUGCUGUGGUCAAGCAGCUGCAAGAUGUAGCGACGCAGGAUGGGAAAAGGACAGAGAUCUCUGUCUUCCCGGUGGUCGAUUUGUUGGACAUUGCAACAGCAUUAAGAAGCAUCCAAAAAGCCAAACACUGCCAGCCCUACCCUCCAAAUCUAUGUCUCCUCCUCCCCAUUCAGCCAUUAUGGAGCUCUGCCAUCGCCAUAGCGCUCACCCUGUAACUGAGUUAACAUGGGAGCGUCCAAUCCAUCCUCCAUCCCUGCCCUGCCUCAACAGGUCUUGCUACCCUUACCUAACCCCAGAACAUGCCCUCACUCACAGUCACACUUUGCCUGCUUCAAACAGAUGCUACCUCGGAGAGGAAUGUCACCUCUUACACUAUCCCGACCACGGAUCAGGCCCUCACCCCUCCCUCCAACCGCAGCCUGGAAACCCUUACAGAGAGGUUUCCGUCAGUUCGCCCAAAUCUUCCUCCUACUGCCACUGUCAGGACUGCUCCAGCAGGCGAGAACAUCCGUCAUCCUCAGCUAACAUGUUCCAACAACUGCAUUCAGACCAAGCUGAAAACACACACUGGCCAAAAGGAGCUGGGGUACAGCGGUCGAGAGAGGCACCUCUACUUUGGGAAACAGAAAAGUCAUGGGAGCUGACAGGAAAAGCAGAACUCUGGCAAUGCAAGUCACCGCUGCCGGCAUUUCAUCUCUACCACCCUACUUUGGAGCAGGUCUCAAACCUAGAGCAGCCUAGAUUUGCUAUUGCACAGGAUCAAAACUACCCCAUUCCUCAGUCUUUGAUGGAUGUAAGGGAUGGAGCCAGCAGUGGGUACCACACGCCUCUACAGCCCCGACACUCAUGCCCCUGUGCUCCCUAUCAGUCUUCUCCAUCUGAAAGCCGUGAAAGCCGGGGUUAUGCCUCAGGAUAUCACUCUGGAUCAGCAUCACCUAUGCCAGCAAAUAGCCCGUCUCCAGGAAGGGGAAGGCUGCCUGACAUCCCUCUGGGAUCCAGAGAGCAGUCACACACUGAGCAGCACAAAGUGGAAAAAGCCAGGACUGUUGCAGAAGAAGAUAUACCCCAAGACUCAGAGAGUAAAUCUGAUGUUCGCUGUCAGUCAAGCACCCCUGGAGGCGACUCUGAUCAUGACUACACAGUUAUUGGCAGCAGCAGCCCAACUCACACAGAAGACAGUGUGAACGCUGAUAGCUCCAAUCAAAGCCUAGAGGUUGGGACCCAUUUGGAGUCUGACACAAAUACAAGCAAACCUGUCACACCACUAUCAAACGAACAAACCCAGAGUUCAACAGUAACUGCAAAUCCUACAAAAACCUCAACAGAGCCAUUUCUGAAAGGCGAUAAUGAGCUUGCAGUUGCUGAGGUCAAAGAAAGUUCAGAUGAAAAGACCAAAUCAAACAUUUCAAACUAUGCCACUGUCAUCAUCCCUCCAGUCCAAGUCCAACUCAAUGGGACUGCCCUUCCAAUAAAUCUUUCAUCUGAUUGCAGUAAAAGCUUGAACAUGAAUCCCUCUAAUAAUCUAAGUUCUAGUCUUUCCUCUCCUACCUCUUACUCUCCCAUCGGCUCAACAGAUAAACAAUCUCCUCAGCGCUUCAGCUCUGCUAAUGACAAAGCAGGACGAAGACUUAUCCCAGACCAAGACAUCUCAGCAGACACUAAGCCCCCUUCACCUGUGCCAGAUGGAUACCAUACACCCACCUUCCCCUUAGCCUCGUACUAUUACUCAUUGCUAAAUGUUCCUCAUGUGCCAUACACUGGGUACACUGCCGUAACAAUCCCCGCCAUCCAGCCACCACUUCCCGAGAAAAAACGAUUUUCCUCUACAGCAGUGUCCCCCAACGGACACAUUGCUUUACUCCACACUUCCUCGUGUCCUUCGCCAGUGCACCAUGUUACUUUUUCCCCUGCUGCGGGAGAUCAAAGAAGGGAAUCUGCACAACACAGCUACGCAGAAGAGGCAGAGACAAGGGUCAAUUCUAAGUUUGUCCAGGACAGCUCCAAAUAUUGGUACAAACCAGGCAUCUCCAGAGACCAAGCCAUAGCUGUGUUGAAGGACAAGGAGCCGGGGGCUUUCCUCAUCAGAGACAGUAACUCAUUCCAGGGGGCUUAUGGCCUCGCUCUUAAGGUGGCCACUCCUCCUCCCAAUGCCAACGUCACUGGAAACAAGGGGGACCCUGUGGAACAGCUGGUAAGACACUUCCUCAUCGAGACAGGGCCACGGGGAGUGAAGAUCAAGGGCUGUCAGAAUGAGUCCUACUUCGGAAGCCUAUCUGCUCUAGUGUACCAACAUUCAAUAACUCCCAUCUCUCUGCCAUGUGCCCUCCGCAUCCCAGACAAAGAUUUGGUUGGGGAGCUUCAGGAGAUGCAAAGUGCAACAAAUACUAGUACUGCUGCUGACCUCCUUAAACAAGGAGCAGCAUGCAACGUGCUCUACCUGAAUUCGGUGGAAACAGAGUCUUUAACGGGCCCAGAGGCUGUUUCCAAGGCGAUCAAGUGUACGAAGGCUCUAAGUCCACGCCCAGUUCCAACAGUGGUCCACUUCAAAGUGUCUUCACAAGGGAUCACCCUGACUGACAGUAAAAGAAGAGUGUUCUUUAGGCGGCAUUACCCAAUCAGCAGUGUCACUUUCAGCAGUCUGGACCCACAAAAUCAGAGGUGGACUAAUUCUGAUAGCACAUCAAGCAAGUAAGUGCUUGUGUUGUGUUUUUUUUUUCUUUUAUAUCUUUACUGUGUUUCAGGCACAGCAUAUGGCGUACAACUAAAUACAAAAAUCACAUCAAAGAAAACCCAUUUACCACAUAUAUUUAUUUACCUAAACAUAGACUUUUAAAGCUAUACAGAAAGAGGUUCAUGAAUGUGGACAAUGUGGUAGAAAAGCAAGUUUCACUUUUAAAAGGCAAAAUGAUAUAAAUGCAGAUGUUUUCUGAAUGUAAUGCAAGACAGAGAAGUGUAAGUGAUUUAAAGAAAGGACUUUGUAGAAAAUCAUAGAAAAAUACAAACUUUCACACCAAAAAUUUUUUUGACUACCUGGAAAUAAUUAAUCUUUAAACACAGUUAUCACACAGAAAAAAAAGCAUGUAAUUGAAUAUAAUAUUGUAAUUGCAUUGACAGCUGUUUAACCCUUAUCAGAUAUAAGAUGCAUUUUAUUUCUAACACAAUCUGAUAUAACUUAUCUGAUAUUAAUUUCUAAAUGUAUGGGACAAAAGGGUCGCUUCUGUAAUACACGCCAUCAGUUUUUGGAAACGGAUAUAAGACAUUUAGAUCUGAAUUAGCUAACUUUGGAAAAUCAGCAGCAAACCCCUUCAAUAAAACUCCAAAAAAUAAGGCAAGACAUUUGUGUGAGAUGAAAAUGAAUAGGAUAAAAUAGCUGCAGUUAGAGUAAAAUAUACUUUGACAGAUAUCUCUUUUGAUCUUUUAUAUACAUACAUAUUUGUGAAAGAACCAUAUUGAGGAAUGCCUUGCUUUGGAGAGAAAUGCAACCUAAAGCCAAAGUUCUGUUUUAAUCAUUUUUCCUUAUUUUCUACAUGUAUCUCUUUGGUACUUUUAUAUGACUGACAGUAUGAUCCUUAUUUUCAUAUGGGAUGUGUAUGUUAAAAAGUAAUAUAUUUUAGGUAUUUGACGUGUUAAAAAGAAUGAAGGGAUGAUGUAUGUCAUAUUUGACCAGAAUAUUAAACCAAGAUCCUAAAUUCAAA